AUGAGCACAGAUGUAUCGGGCCUCCAGACGCCACAUAGACGAAGGUCGGGUGUGCAGGGCUUGAAAGUACACACUCUUCCGACGGAUCCCGAUGACGCGAAACAGAGUGGAAGUGCAGUUCGAACUAGCCAGAGCCAGGGAUAUGAAGAUGCACAGAUAGACGAUGAAUAUGCCAAGGCCAAGCCGCAAUCAAGCUUUGAGAUGGACGAGGACUUUAAGUUCAAGCGGCGGAGAAGGAAAGACGAGGCGCUGGGGGAGCGCCUGGAGUCGCUGCAGGAGAUGCAGCAGGCGCGGUGGGUGGAGAACUUCAACAGCUCGAUGCAGCAGGCGCCGCCCGUGGUGCCGUCGCAGUACGGUCAGCUGGCGCCGCCGAACAUGAUGGCUCCGCCGCAGUACAUGCCCUACAUGUACUACUACCCGAUGCCUGCGCCCAUGGUGCCGAUCCCCACGUCGCCGCAGCGGCCUGGGGAGAUGCCUUCUUCGAUGCAGGGAUAUCCGAACACUUCCACACAGCCGUUUUUUCCGCAUCUGGGGCCGAUGAUGGGCGGCGGGCAGGUUGUCCCGCAGCAGGGCAUGUAUCCUGGCUACUACUCGCAGGAGGCGCGCGAUAUGUCUCGGGCUCGUGAUCCCCAGCAGAGCAGAGACCGCCGCAAAACCAUCAUGUCUCAGCGGGGCCGUCGGCUGUCCAUGCUUUCUUUGCAGGGCGACGAGCGCGCGGUGGACGCAAUGCGUUCCGAAAUUGUAUCUCCGCAUAAGGACGUUCCCGAGACCGACUUCUACCGCCACAUAGCGAAUACAUCCUUCGGGCGGGGGUUGCAGACUCGGCAACUGUUUAACUGGUGCUUUAUUAGAUGUCUACGGAAGUACGAGGAGAACAUUGGAACAAUGUCUGCCGGUAAUGACGCCGCUGACUAUACCAGUCCCAAACGAAUAAGCAUGAUGAUUCUUAAAGAGUUCGUUCAAGACUUGCGCAAGGGGAAACUAGAAAUGGACUGGGACGGGAAGAGCAUCCCAGAGGGCGACGAGCAGGGCGAUGUGACCGAAGAUACUGUUUUGCGUGAGCUUUUCGAUGAAGAUGAGCACCAUGGGGCCCGCAGCAGUCCAACGCGCAGGAAACGCAAGGCUAUGCUCAUACCAAAUGAAAAGAAUAUCCAGAACAUGGAAAACAUCAAGGUAUUGGAAGAGAAAAUUGCGGAGCUGCGCGAUGAGAUCUCCCAGUGGUCCGUGGAGUUGGACAAAGAGGAACACCAAACAGCAGCGACAGUGCUUGAAACCGUCCCACAAUCACGGGACGUCGAGAUAGACGCGCUGCCUGCUGUGCCGAUUGUUCCGAACUUCAAAAUGCAGUUUUGCCAAUCCAUGGACAGGCUCCUUGGGUCCUCCCACCUGCUUGCUGCGCAUGCCCAGCUCCUCUCGAAAACACUUGCCUUAAAGUCAGGCAAGAUUGCCAAGCGCAUUUCCAAUAGAAAGCGCAUUGGCAAGUCACAUGCCUCGAAGGCUGCAAUCAAAAACUUACUAGUUGGCCUUUCCAGCACUAUGGCACCAGCCGAUUCAUGA